UGUAAUCAAAUAGGAAUUUAAGGUAAAGUUUUGUGUUUUAAAUUUCUGGAUUGAGUCAGUUGUUAGCUCCAUACACACAAUAGACUCGGCAGGAUGACACCGGUGCCCAAUAAAACCCUUACGAAAACAAAAUAAAAGAAAAUAAAUAAAUAAACCCAAGCCUCUCCCCUAACUAACUCGUCAACAAUGUGACUGCUUCUUCAAUUCUUCAUAUGUCAAAGCAAUUCUCAGUUACUACUUCCACUCUAUAUACCCGAAACCCCUUAACAUUUCGAUCCCAAAACAUGAGAUUUUCUUCUUCUUAUAGCCAUGUCUCUAGACCACCCUUAUUCUAUACCAAACCCAAAUUCUUUUGCAACUUCAGAUCCUCCACAGUAAUCCAAGAUAAAGAAGACUUCCAAUUCAUAUCCAUUCUCACUAGCAUCUUAAGAGGGAAACAAAGCUGGAGAAUUGCAUUCAAUGAUCCAUUCAUUUCACGGAAUCUGAAGCCUUCCCAUGUUGACAAAGUCUUGAUGAUGCUGUCCCUUAAUGACUCAAGGUUGAUGAAAGAUUGUAAUUUGAUGCCUGAAGUUAGGACUUUGAGUGCCCUUUUAAAUGGGCUUUUGAGGUUUAGAAGGUUUAAUGAUGUUUUAUUGUUGUUUGAUGACAUUGUUAGUGCUAAUGUUCAGCCUGAUAUUUAUAUUUAUUCUGCUGUAGUCAGAAGCUUGUGCGAGUUGAAGGAUUUUAAUAAGGCGAAGGAGAUGAUUCAUUGGAUGGAGUUUAAUCAGUGUAAAUUGAGUAUAGUGGUGUAUAAUGUGUUGAUUCACGGGCUUUGUAAAAGCCGGAGAAUUUGGGAGGCUCUUGAAAUUAAGAAUUGUUUGAUGCAGAAGGGAUUGGAGGCGAAUGUGGUUACUUAUUGUACCUUAAUACUUGGAUUAUGCAAGAUACAGGAGUUUGAGUUUGGUAUGGGGAUGUUGAACGAAAUGAUUGAAUUGGGAUUUGUACCAAGUGAGGCAGCUGUUUCAGGUCUUAUUGAGGGGUUGAGGAGGAAGGGGAGGAUUGGGGAUGCUUUUGAUUUGGUCAACAAUGCUGGAAAAGUUGGUGUAGUACCUAAUUUGUUUGAAUACAAUGCAUUGAUCAAUUCUUUGUGUAAAGAUGGAAAGUUUAAUGAAGCAGAGUUACUUUUCAAAGAAAUGGGAGAGAAAGGGUUAUGUGCAAAUCAUAUAACUUACUCAAUUCUGAUUGAUUCAUUUUGUAGAAGAGGUGAAAUGGAUAAUGCAAUUGGUUUUCUUGAUAAAAUGACUAAAGCAAGCAUUGAAUUCACAGUCUAUCCCUAUAAUUCCUUGAUAAAUGGCUACUGCAAGUUGGGGAAUGCGAGUGCAGCAAAGUAUUAUUUUGAUGAGAUGAUCGACAAAGGAUUGACACCGACGGUGGUAACAUAUACAUCAUUGAUAAGUGGAUACUGCAAUGAAGGGGAGUGGCAUAAGGCAUUUAAGGUGUAUAACGAGAUGACUGCAAAGGGAAUUUCUCCAAAUACAUACACCUUCACUGCAAUUAUAUCGGGCCUCUGUCGAGCAAAUAUGAUGGCUGAGGCAAUUAGAUUGUUUGGUGAAAUGAAAGAAAGAAAAAUCAUGCCAAGUGAGGUCACUUAUAAUGUUAUGAUUGAAGGACAUUGUAGAAGUGGAAACAUAUCAGAAGCCUUUCAUUUGCUUGAUGAAAUGGUAGGGAAAGGUUUUGUUCCAGAUACAUAUACCUAUAGGCCUCUCAUAAGUGGUCUUUGUUCUGUAGGCAGAGUAUCUGAAGCCAAAGAAUUUGUUGAUGACCUUCACAAGGAUCAUCACAAGUUAAAUAAUAUGUGUUACAGCGCACUUGUGCAUGGUUAUUGCAAAGAAGGAAGAUUCAAAGAUGCAGUGAGUGCUUGUCGUGUGAUGGUGGAGAGAGGCGUUGCCAUGGAUCUUGUGUGCUAUGCCAUACUUAUAGAUGGAACUGCAAGAGAACAUGAUACUAGAGCAUUAUUUGGCCUUUUGAAGGAGAUGCAUAAUCAUGGAUUGAGGCCUGAUGCUGUAAUAUAUACCAACAUGAUUGAUAGACACAGCAAGGCAGGGAAUCUUAAGGAGGCAUUUGGGCUUUGGGAUAUAAUGGUCGACGAAGGAUGUCUUCCAAAUGUUGUAACUUACACUGCUCUAAUAAAUGGUUUAUGUAAAGCAGGAUUAAUGGAUAAGGCUGAGCUUCUCUCUAAGGAAACAUUGGUUAGCGAUGUGACUCCGAAUCAUAUCACAUAUGGUUGUUUCCUUGAUCAUCUUACUAGGGGCGGGAACAUGGAGAAAGCUGUACAGCUUCAUCAUGCAAUGCUUAAAGGAUUUUUGGCAACUACUGUUUCAUAUAAUAUUCUUAUCCGGGGCUUCUGCAGAUUGGGAAAGAUUGAGGAAGCAACCAAGCUCCUACAUGGCAUGACAGACAAUGAUAUUUUGCCAGAUUACAUCACUUAUUCGACAAUUAUCUAUGAGCAAUGCAAAAGGAGUAAUUUACAAGAAGCUAUCAAAUUGUGGCACACAAUGCUAGACAAGGGUCUAAAACCUGAUACGCUAGCAUACAGUUUUUUGGUACAUGGUUGCUGCAUCGCAGGAGAAUUAGAAAAGGCUUUUGAAUUGCGGGAUGAGAUGAUAAGAAGAGGUAUGAGAUCAAACCAUGUUACACCCAAGAGCUGAGUUGAGGAGUUUGAAUUUCCAGCCUUGCCUGCUGAAGACUGUAACAUAAGUAAAUCAGUGCACCAUAUGGGGGAAAUGAAAGCAGAAUUCUUUUGGAUCUUCCCGCUUGUUCAAUCUCUUUUUAGCGAUAUCACCAUGUGCAAAUAUCACCAAGUAGCAGCAUAGGACAGUCUUCAAGAAGCCAUAAUUUGUGCAUGAUGACUACAAAUUAAGGUUUUGGAGUGGAAGGCAAAAAGAACUUAUUGCUUCAUUGUCUUUAAGAUCGAGGAGAAACAAAAGCAAGCUAUCGUGGAAAAGAUUGGUGAGCCAGCCCAAAGCUACGAAAGUUUUAGUGCAAGCCUCCCUUCUGACAAGUGUCAAUGCUGUUUAUGAUUUUAAUUUCGUGACUGCAGAGAAUUGCCAAACAAACAGAAUUUUUUUCAUCACAUGGUAAUAACACAUGUUAAAAAUAGUUUAGUUGUGUGUAUUUGUAUAAUGCUUGGCAUUCUCUUCAACUAGUUAUUUACUAUGUACAAAGGUCUCCUGACACAUCAAGGGUGAGAAGCAAGGUGAUCUAUGCAACCUCAAUGGAGAGGUUCAAGAGAGACUAGUUGGUAUCCAGGUAGGCAACUGAUCCUACUGAAAUGAGUCUUGAUGUCUUUAGGAGCCGUGCCACUGAAUAGAAGUCUCCUAAUUUCACAGUGGAGAGUCUCUUAUGCACCCAACUCUUAAGCCAAAUGAUUGUAGUUCAGGAGCUGUAGCUUGACUGAAUAAUGAUAUCGAUAUGUGAUUUCACUAAUUUUCUAACUAGACAAUUAAUAUAUUGUUAAGUGUUUUUAGUUUAA